AGACUACUUACACCCACCGGAAACCAUGUCUGCAGCUCCAGCAGAAAUGAAAUUGAACGAAUCCAAAUUUAUUUAUGUGAUCACUCUAAAAUCCCCGCACAAAUGUAUAUUUGGUGCAAUGAGAAUCGCCCGAUAUACCUGCUAAACCGCUCGCCGUUAUUGGAUUCCGUUCAGCGAUUUAGUGAAGUAGGUAGCCAAGUGUGAGUGUGUUAGAAACAUCGUUGAGGUUUGUAUGAGAGGAGGCAGCGGUGCAGACCCGUUCGGUUCCCAUGGUCUUUUUUAAAACCUUCGUCGCCGGGCGAGAAAAUACAUAUCUAACUAGCAAGCUAAACAUGGAUCAGUAUCACGAGUAUUCUUAAGAAAUUAGCCAGUAUUAUUUGUCUACUCAUGUCAGUAACUACAGUAGUUAACGGUUUCAGUAUGCCCGAUCGAUGGUUUCGUUGAAGCUUGACAGUGCCUGAUUGCAGGCCUGCUUUUUUCUAUCUGGAAAUUUCUUGACUGGGGAAAGCCGCCCAUACGGGAUUUCAUGACUUUCUAGCAUUAGCCUUUUUCGCUGCAUCCCCGACUCAAAUGAUGCGUGUUGUGUCGUUGCAUUGAUUUUGGAUGAUCAUAUCAUCUACUUUUAGCAUAUCAUUUUAUUUUUAUCUAAACGGUAAAUUUUUAUGGGAUUAUCGGUAAAUUCGAAGCAAAUAUGGUGAAUUGGAAGCGGCUGCUGCGGGUGUCGAACCGCUCAUUUUUGGCCUUCAUUUUUUUCUUCUCCAUGUCUACGACUGGUCUCUACUUCAUAUAUGUGGCUCCUGGAAUAGCCAACACCUACUUCUUCAUGGUGCAGGCCCAGGGCAUCAUGUUGAGGGAUAAUGUGAGGACCAUUGGUCAGAUGAUCAGACUCUACACCAAUAAGAACAGUACUCUCAACGGCACAGAUUACCCAGAUGGCAGUAACUCCAGUGAAUACAUGUCCCAGCCAACAGCAUACCUCCCUGAGAACUUCACAUACGCUCAGAACCUCCCCUGCCCAGAACGCUUACCUUCUAUGAAGGGUCCUAUGGACGUCAACAUGACUCAGAUCCCUAUGGAGGAGAUUGAUCUGAAGUUCUCGAAGUAUCUGGAUGUUCACUUUGGAGGACACUGGAGACCCAAGGACUGUAAACCACGCUGGAAGGUGGCCAUCCUGAUCCCGUUCCGUAACCGCUACGAGCACCUUCCCAUCCUGUUCCAGCACCUCACCCCCAUGCUGCAGAGACAGAGGCUGCAGUUUGCUUAUUACGUCAUCGAGCAGUCUGGUACCCAGCCGUUCAACAGAGCAAUGUUGUUUAAUGUGGGUUUCCUGGAAGCCAUGAAGGAUCUGGACUGGGACUGUCUGGUGUUCCACGAUGUCGACCACAUCCCAGAGAACGACCGUAACUACUACGGCUGUGGUCAGAUGCCACGCCACUUCGCAGCCAAACUGGACAAGUACAUGUACCUACUACCAUAUAGUGAGUUCUUUGGGGGCGUGAGUGGACUCACAGUGGAACAGUUCCGCAAGAUUAAUGGCUUUCCCAAUGCGUUCUGGGGCUGGGGAGGAGAGGACGACGACCUCUGGAACAGAGUACAUUAUGCUGGUCUGAACAUCACAAGGCCGGAGGGAGAAAUGGGUAAAUACAAGUCCAUCCCACACCACCACCGGGGAGAGGUGCAGUUCCUGGGCAGGUACAAGCUGCUGAGGUACUCCAAAGAAAGGCAGCACCUGGAUGGCCUGAACAACCUUAACUACACCCCUGAGAUCUCCCUGAGCUCCCUGUAUAAGAACAUCACCGUGGACCUGCACCCUGAUCUGGCACCCAUCGCAGACUACUGAACUCUGACUCCCACCUGACCCCUUAAACCCUUCACACUCCCUCAAGCCUCAAACAGUACCCCAAAGCUGGGCAAAGAGGGGCUGGGGGUGGGAGUCGGAGGCACACCAUGUAACGCCGCCAAGAAACUUUACUCAAAAAAAACAACUAAAAACAUGAAAGAGGAAGGGGCAUAUAGGGUCUGUUUAAUCGAACAAUUGAUUGUGUAUGUGUGUGUGUGCUUGCAAGGAUGUGUGUCUGACAUUUUGUGUUUGUGUGUCACUGCAUGUCAGUGUGUUCAUGCCGGCUUUAGCUACUGAGCUACUUCACAAUACAGUAUGAGGAGGGAAGGACAGCAUUCGUUUUUUUCCCCCACAUCUGAUGUUUACUGCAACGCCUUAGUGUCAGGCUCAGCCUCAGAACCACGGCUCUCUGGCUGCCUCCCAAAUGGUACCCUAUUCCCUAUAGGGCUGGAAUUGCCAAGGACCCCACAAUAUGAUAUUGUCACUAUACUUAGGUGCCGAUAUGUAUUGCUAUUCGGUACUGCAAUUUUUUUUCGUUUAUUUUUUAUUUGAUAAUUUUUUUUAUUGCCAUUUGAUAUUCUAAAUAUAUUGCUCACUAUAUACUGAGUGUACAAAACAUUAGGACCACCUUGAUAAUAUUGAGUUGCACCCCCUUUUUGUCAUCAGAAAAGCCUCAAUUCAUUGGGGGCAUGGACUCUUACAAGGUGUCUCAAGCUGUCCACAGCGAUGCCACCCCAUGUUGACUCAAUGCUGCCCACAGUUGUCAAGUUGGCUGGAUAUUUUUUAGGUGGUGGACCAUUCUUGAUACACAUGGGUAACUGUUGAGAGUGGAAAAACCCGGCAGCGUUGCAGUGACAUACUCAAACCGGUGCGCCUGGCACCUACUACCAUACCCCGUUCAAAGGCACUUAAAUCUUUUGUCUUGACCAUUCACCCUCUGAAUGGCCCGCACAAUACAUGUCUCAGUUGUCUUAAGAUCUAAAAUAUCCUUCUUUAAUGUCUCCUCCCUUCAUCAACACUGAUUUUUGAAGUGGAUUUAACAAGUGAAAUCAAUAAGGGAUCGUAGCUUUCACCUGGUCAUUCUGUCAUGGAAUGAGCAGGUGUUCCUAAUGAUUUGUACACUCAGUCUAUGUCUGCUGCAGAGAGACGAGAGAGCGUGAGAAGACGAGUUUUGAUCGGUCAGGGAAAUGAAAGUGCUAAAAACCUUUUGGAUCCCUAUUUAAAAAGAUUGAGAACAAGCAAUGGUAUUUUUCAUCCAAUAGGUUUGGCACAGGUACAGCCGACUAGCGCUAGCUACAGUUACGAGAGGGAAAAAGUUACAAAAAUUUAUUUUACAAAUCGAUUCGUAGAAUCAGGUAUUGAUAUCGUAAAAAAAUAAUACUGCUAUAUGUAACUCGAUUUAAAGCCUUAGGGCUCUGGUCAGAAGUAGGGCACUAUAUAGGGAAUAGGGUGCCAUUUGGGACUCUGACCUUAUCUCUCAGCACAGCUUUAACUUCUAACGUCUCAGUAUCACCUUACGAGCCAACAGACAUUUUUGUCUUCAUGUUAUAUAAUUUUUUUUUACACAUCGGCAUUUUUUAAAGAUGAAACAUGUAUUCAAACAUAUUCCUUACAGAGGAGGAAAUAGGAGAGGAGCUAAGCGAGGCGCGACUUGUGUUUAUUGUGAUGUACAUUUUCUGAUAUGAUCUAUUUUCUUAGUAUUUAUUUGUUCCCUUUUUUAACGGAUGUUUUAGAUCACUCGAUCCUACGUCUCUGUGUUUCACAUGAUGAGCGUUUUGCUGUUUCUUUGCUGCACUGCCGACACGCAUGAUGCACAGAACACGUGUAAAUACUGGCCACUUAAAAGCUUGAGCACGGAACACGUAUGUACAUAUUUGGCCUUUUUUAAACGCUCAGAGCCUGUUAAGUUAUUCCAGUGGAUUUGAAUUUUGUUUUGGCAGCUACCUUCUUCCUGAGGACUUAAAGGACUUAACAGAGUGAGUGGUUCUUCCAUUUCACUGGGAAGAUGUAACAAUAGAUGGACAUUUGGCUUUAAAAUGAAAAAAUCUCUUAGGUUGACUAUCUUUUGCAUGCCUUGAUUUAUUUUGUUACUAGAUGGGGGUUUUUAAGCAUAAUUUAUUUGAUAAUUUCAAGAUGUUUACUUUUUCAGUUUGGCCUUUUUAGUGUUUUUUUUUUUUUCUCGAGGCGCACAGUGUGAAAAUAGACUAACGGAUGUUUAUGGAGUGUGUUCCUGUACAGAAAGACAGAUGGAGGCCAGGGUUCAAAGGACUGUCGUAGCUCUGGUCCAGGCUGUUAUGUGUAGUUUUCUGAUGCUGAGCCUUCAACAGCAAGCCACACGUAACGCCCUGGACCAGAGCUAAGGACUGUUGCUGCUAAAUGGUAAGCUGAGAUGUCAUUCUGUCUUCCUCUGGUGUGUGUAGUUUGCUAUUAUGGAGGAGUGUAUACAGUGUGAAUAGCGUGUUUGGCACAGGAUUAUGUUUCAGACGUGUCUGUGGCUCAUGUGCGUCUCGUGUGUUAGGUAAGUGGACCAUGCGCAUGAGCUUGUGGUUUGGGCUGGUGUGUGUGUGUGAACUGUGAUAUGGUCCUUAUAGGCUGGUGAGGUAUUUAGGGGCCAGAAUGAAAGAACAGCAGCUAAAGCUAACAGUUAACCCUGUUCUUGAAUGGCACAAACUGAAAUUUGGGCCAUGAAUACUUUAAAUUGUUAAAAUUUUGAGCACUGCAAAGAUUAGCAGUUAAUUUCUUUGUACCUAUUAGCAUUUUCUCUUCUACAUAUAUUUUGCCCAUACAGUUCAUAUUUAAAUUGUCUGGGUGUUUUGCUAGUGACGUUGAUUUAUCAAAUGUAUGUCUCAAGUAGAACUGCUCUAUUCAAACUACCCAUGUUUUCUCCAUCACAGUAUUGCAGUACUGGGAACCUCCUGUCCUGCUCCAAACAUGGGGUUUGUCCAAAAUGGCACCCUGAGUCCUAUAUAGUGCAACUACUUUUGAAUGGAGUCCUAUUCGUCCUGGUCAAAGUAGUACACUAUAUUGGGAGUAGGGUACUUUGGAACGUAGCCUAGCUCUCUCUGUCCCGUCACUCUUGUAGUGCUGUGGAGGAGCGGCCUGAAGAUGUUUACAGUCACUUUCGCUCCAAAGCUAAAGUGGCUAACAAAGUGCCAGGCUCAAGUCUGUUUUGGUUAACAGACAUUUGCUACGGUUACAUAAGACCUCAAUGGUGUAUUUCUGACCAAUCGGGUGAGGUGAGACGGAAUCAAAGAAAACACGGUAGUGAUGAGACAUUCUGUUGGAGGUGGUCAACUGUGCCAAAGUUCCACUUCUGAUACCUACCCAUCCUAAUUCUUCCACCUGCCUCUUCUACACUUCUUCUCUCUGCUUGUCUUUCCUUCCUUCCCUUUUUUAAAAUUAAUUCUCCUCCCAUGAGCUCCACUAUGGUGUUUCAGCAUCCAGAUAGACUAGUGUUGAUAGUAGGCAUCUGGGUGUAAGUGUUAAAAGAGCCAUAUACACAACAUACAGGUAACGACUAAAAUAAAGGAAACACCAACAUAGUGUCUUAAUAGGGCGUUGGGCCGCCAGAACAGCUUCAAUGCGCCUUGGUAUAGAUUCUACAAGUGUCUGAUAAUGGGCAACUGGGCAUUUUUAUACAUGACCCUAACAUUGAUGGGAUGUUAAUUGCUUAAUUAACUCAGGAACCACACCUGCAUGGAAGCAUCUGCUUUCUAUACUUUGUAGCCCUCAUUUAGUGUUUAUUUUAUUUUGGUAGUUACCUAUAUAUCUCUGUAUAUGUCUCUGGGUAUAGGUCAGUGUUAGGGACUGGGUUGGGGGGUUUCUCUUUUGCUAUGCCUUUUGCCCAGUAACAGAUUUUUGCAUAAGAGGAUAACCGCUGUCAUUGUUUUUAUAUACACUGUAGAAGUUAUGGGCAGCCAAGCUGUCCCCCCACUUGAGGGCACUAUGAGUUACUGUAGCAGAGAGAUGCACUCUGAGUCAGUAGCUUAUUUUUCUGGAUCCCGGCAUCUCACUCGCUGGAAGGGAUUCCGCUUCUUUAUAUUCUCUCUCCCUGUCAUAGUGUCUGUCUUUCAAUCUGUUCAGGGAACAGUGUGACGAGUAUUAAAGAGACGAAUUAGAGAAAGCACCCAUCACUGAAGAUUAUCUAGGGUCAUUAUUCACUGUGUCCCAAAUGGAACCCUAUUCCCUAUAUAAUGCACUACUGGCUCUGGUCAGAAGUAGUACACUAUAUAGAGAAUAGGGUGCCAUUUGGGACAUAACUCAGAGUUGUACAUAUUGUUAUUGCCUCUGAGAGGAGUAGGGGGCGAGGUAUGGAAGGAAGGGUAGUUUAGGGGGCGGCUGGGCAGUGUGCUGGCUACACCCGGUCGCUAGUGGUUUGGUUUACACCCCCAGCCCAAUUGGGAGGGGGCAAGGGACCCCCCCUACUCUCCCCUCCUACUGCCUCUGUUGGUUGUACGAAUAUCCAAAAAUAGAUAUACAAUUUUUCUAAUGAGUAUAAUCACCAUUACAUAAUUUGUAAUGUAUAGUAUGACAUUUUUGCAGUAUUCAUAUUUGUGCCUUGAGUUAUUAUUUUUUAUUUUUUCCAAACUGUUUUCACUUUGGAUUCUUGGUUGAAAGAUACAGUAAAGGUUUGGAUUGUUUUUAAACUGAAGUUAGUGUAUUUGCUUUUUUAUUUUCCAACUAGAAUGGAGCUCUGGCACAAAGUUUCCAUGACAACAGGCUGUGUAGGUUUCCAGAAGGAUUCCUACUCAAGUGUCUGUCUAUUGUAUCAAUGAUUGGCUGUAUUCAAUUUUUCCUGCUGUCCAAUCAGAGGCCUGUUCUACUCUGGCUGCGACCAUGACAUGUACAAUCCUCUUGGAUCCUCAGCUCUCCGGUUCUCACUAUUCUCUGCUCUGUCUGAACAAAGAGUCAUAGCUGGAGCCUGAGUGCAGACUCUUGCAUUACUACCAUCCAUCAGGAAGUGGAGGAUGACAGAGAGGAAGUAGUGACUUUUGAAUCUAUGGGAAUGAAGUGUCAAAUCUGGUAUACAAAUAAUAUAUUUGCUCGUUCAAUGUCAGGCAUAUUCAUUUGACUUUAUGGGUUUGUACUAGAUUGUUCGGAAGAUGCAUUUAUAGAAAUAUGAACUGUAGACACUGUCGAUUUGGUCCCAAAAAACUAGCUUAAUUCGAUGUAGCGCCUACUAAUUGCGCCUCUUGUGUCUAGUUUAGCAAUUUCAUUUUGCUAGAGUUCCUGCCCCCCCCCCCCCCCCCUUGACAACGCAGACAACUUUCUACAUGGUGAAGCCGAACGGUUAGCCAUCUUGUCAAUCUUCCACAAUCUUUGGUAUAACAGCCAGUAAAAGACUAGACUAGAGUUGAACUGUUGGACUUUGUAAAGUUUUGUUUUUUUUGUCAACAAAAUAUUAAUAAAACACAUUCAUUGCCAUGUUCUGGGAAACACC